AUGGUGAUGCUUCUGCGAUGUGCUGCCCGAGCAGGCCUCAGCCCCCGUAGUGCAACACUCGCCUCGCGCACACCAACCACCCUCACGCGACGUUUCGCGAGCGCACCGUCGGGUGAAGUGCGUGGACAACAGUCAGUGAUCCUCUUCCCUGCACACACUCACCACCAUGUCCGCGACUCCGUGGGCCUCUUCGACGUAGGACACAUGGUCCAGAGCGUCUUCCGCGGCGCAACCACAACCGCCUUCCUCGAAUGGCUCACGCCCUCCUCCCUCUCCGCCCUCGAGCCCUACUCCUCCACGCUCUCCGUCAUUCUCAACGAAAGGGCGGCAUUAUCGACGACACCGUCAUCACCAAACACGCGGAGGACGCGCCGACGCGACCGCGACCUCGCCUGGUUCACGCAAAAGCUGGAGGAGUGGAACGCCAGCGAGCGCGCACAGGCCGGCAAAGUGGAGCUUGAGGUGCUCGAGGGGUGGGGGCUGCUUGCGCUGCAAGGACCGGAAGCCGCGCAAUACUUGCAGGCCCUGACGUCGUUCGACCUGCGCGCCCUUACAUUCGGCAAGUCCGCGUUCAUCCCGAUAGAGGGCUUCAACUUGCACGUCGCCCGCGGUGGCUACACCGGCGAAGACGGCUUCGAGAUCUCUAUCCCACCCUCGGAAACAGUCGAAGUCGCACAGAUGCUCUCCAAGUCGCCCGUACAGCUCACUGGCCUCGGCGCGCGCGACAGCCUGCGUCUCGAGGCGGGGAUGUGUCUCUACGGCAACGACCUCGACGAGGACACUUCGCCGGUCGAGGCUGGUCUGACCUGGGUCAUCGGCAAAGACAGGCGGGAGAAUGGCGAGUUUAUUGGUGCGGAGGGCGUAAGGAAGCACUUGAAGGAUGGCACACCGCGGAGACGAGUCGGCAUGGUCGUCGAGGGCGCGCCUGCAAGACAGGGCGCAAAGAUAUUUGCCCCCAAUGGCGGCGAGCAAGUCGGCGUCGUGACCUCGGGCAUCCCCUCCCCUACGCUCGGCAAAAACAUCGCGAUGGGCUACGUCAAGGCCGGCUGGCACAAGAAGGGCACGGAGCUCGCGGUGGACGUACGGAACAAGCUCCGGAUGACGUUACUCAUGUCGAUGCCGUUGUGAAGACGAGGUAUUGGCGGGGCGAGUGAGUGCGACAGAUGUUGGUGUGGACAUGGUCAUAGACGUAGAUGUGAGUGGGGGCGCGGGUGCUGGGCAGAGUGCUACUUCAACUUAGCGCGAGCUGGAUGUAUGUAUCUUUGACUGUCUGAUGGGAAUACAGGCAGCGGGAUGCGCCAUGUCUGAAGGAGUGACUUGGCUUCACUCUUUGUUCGGCAGUUCACUCACU